GUCUUAAGUCACAAUAGUGGGGGUAAGUCAAGCAGAUUCAGAUGGUACUGAACAUGGAGCAGUAGGCUAUGACGCUGCGGCGGGGCUGUUGCCGGGCCUUCGCCCUCGGCUUUUUCAUCGUCUGGGUCGUAGUGCACUGCGCCGAAGCUUCGUCAUGCAAAGGCUGCUAUAACGCCUAUCAAUGCGAUUGUAAGGGCAUCAAAGGCCGCCCCGGAAGCACCGGCCCUCCAGGCCUCCCUGCACCACCUGGAGACUACGGUGAUAUCGGUCCUCCGGGUCCGUCAGGACCUAAAGGAGAGAAGGGAGAAGGCGGCGAGUAUGGAAGCCCCGGUGAAAGAGGCUCCAGAGGAGACGAUGGAGAACGAGGACUUCCUGGAGUGGAAGGACGACCAGGUUAUCAAGGCGAAGCCGGCCCCAUGGGCCCUCCAGGUCUCGAUGGUUGUAAUGGUACAGAUGGGACAGAAGGAGCUCAAGGUGCUCGAGGCCUUCAAGGUACCAGAGGCUUGCCUGGCCCUGAAGGACUUCAAGGAUUUAGAGGAGAACCCGGUGAUGGUGGAGGAAAUUCAAUUGGGACUAAAGGAGAUCGCGGUGAUAGUGCCUACGAUGGCCCUCCUGGGUUACCUGGAUUUCGAGGUUCCAGUGGACCUCCAGGCCGGAUCGGUGAACCUGGAUAUGAAGGAUUAAUGGGAGAACAAGGCUAUUGGGGACCUCCUGGCGACAUUGGUGACUCAAUUAAAGGUCUCAAAGGGCAACCUGGAGAACAGGGUGACUAUGGAGACGAAGGAGAACCAGGGGAUGAUGAACCGGCUCCACAACGUCCUCCACCAUCCAUGUAUGAAUGGAAAGGCAUCAAGGGUGAGAAAGGAGACGUGGGAGAACGAGGGAUAAGAGGACGAAAAGGUUUUCCGGGAGAUAAAGGAUUUCCGGGGUUUCCCGGUCCUAAAGGUAGUAUAGGUUACAAAGGUGAACAGGGCGACGAUGGCCCGACUGGAAAACAAGGUCGCCAAGGGCCUUUUGGACCUUCGGGUGAAAAAGGAGAUAAAGGAGCUCCUGGAUAUGAAGGAACUCCUGGAUUUGACGGUGAACCUGGUCUUAGAGGAGAAGAUGGCAAUCGAGGCACUCCUGGUGUUCAAGGUCGAAGCGGACCUCCUGGAAAAUACGAUCCAUUUUUGGAUGAAAUUUUUGAGGGAUCUCCUGGAAUACAAGGCCCCGAAGGUCCUAUCGGUGAAAGAGGCAUGAGUGGUAUUCCGGGACGGCCAGGGUUACCCGGACCUAUCGGACCGCCGGGGCCACCCGGCCCUCAUGGUAUUCCCGGAUUAGCUGGACCUAAAGGAUUGACAAUUAAGGGAGAGCGCGGCAUUGAUGGAUUACCCGGGAGGCCUGGUAACACCGGUCCUCCUGGUCUACCAGGACCUAUGGGUGUCUUGGGUGAGAAAGGUUUUGCGGGACAGACCGUCAUUGGUCCUCCAGGCGAACCUGGCUAUCCAGGAAUCCCCGGAUUUAAAGGAUCAAGAGGAGAUAGAGGCGAUGCAGGUGACGCGGGGCCUAAAGGUUACCCAGGAUAUGGUGUUCCGAUUAGAGGGCCUCCGGGUGACGAAGGACCGACAGGAUUUCCGGGUUUGCCAGGAGACGUUGGUUUACCCGGAUUCGACGGAUUUCCAGGUUUAAAAGGUAGAAGAGGAGAUGACUGUGGAGUGUGUCUUCCGGGAUUGCCGGGACAAAAGGGCGAAAGAGGAGAAUUUGGUAGAAAUGGACGUCCUGGAACGAUUGGAUAUCAGGGAUUGCCCGGACCGCGAGGACCCAGAGGCCCGCAGGGGAAACAAGGGAAGGAUGGUGAGCAAGGAUUGGAAGGCACUCCUGGAACUCCAGGCUUACAAGGCUCUCCGGGACCAAAAGGUACAAAAGGUUUAUUAAUAUACCCGGAUCCGUCAACGAAGGAAGUUGUGGCUGAAAAGGGUGAAAUGGGAGAAAUGGGUUUUCCGGGUUUGAUGGGACGAGAUGGAGAGAUUGGACCACGAGGUUUACCAGGAGAUGCGGGAGUUCCUGGGUUCAAGGGUGAAAGUGGUGACAUUGGGACUCCUGGGUUGCCUGGGGUUGAUGGAGUGCCUGGAAUAAAUGGAAUUCCUGGACAAAAAGGGGAACCUCACGACAUACCAAAGGAAUAUUUGAGAGGGGAUCAAGGAUUAACGGGAGUACCAGGUAUUAAAGGUUCAAAAGGAGAUAAAGGAAUGAUGGGACGUCCUGGCGAUUCAGUAUCAGAACUUGCUAAUGCUACAGGAGAUAUUGGUUACCCAGGAAUACCAGGAGAUCGAGGUUUUCGCGGUGCACCUGGUCGUAAAGGCAUGCCAGGAUAUAGAGGUCCUGAUGGUCUCCCUGGAAUGAUUGGAGAUAGUCUGGAAGGUCCUCCUGGUGAACCAGGUGUGAGAGGUUAUCCUGGCAUUCCUGGUGACGCUGGACCACGCGGCCUUCCUGGAAUGCCUGGUAUGCCCGGUCUUGAUGGUUACCCCGGAAUACCAGGAAAUAAAGGAGAACGGGGAGAUCCAGGUUUACGAAUUCUGAAUGGGGAAAUGGGACCUCAAGGUCUACCCGGAACCAAAGGAGAGCCAGGCGAUUUCGGUCCUGACGGAUAUCCGGGAAUUCCAGGAACUCCAGGAGUAAAAGGGGUCAACGGACCUAAAGGAGCUCCCGGAUUUGCCGGGCUUCCAGGUGCACCAGGAGCGAAAGGAAUGCAAGGGAUUAUGCGACCAGGAUUUCCUGGUCGUCCCGGAAGUCUUGGACUUCCAGGAAUACCAGGCAGAUAUGGAGAUACUGGAGAAAAGGGAGAACCGGGAUUCCCUGGUACUCCUGGAUAUGAUGGAAUGAAAGGAGAACCGGGAUUAUGGGGAUUAAGGGGACAACCGGGAGAUGAAGGGAUUGAAGGUUUGCCAGGACAUCAUGGCAGAGCUGGUUUAUCCGGGAUUCAAGGCUUACCAGGAGAAAGAGGCGACAUUGGGUUUCCUGGGAUACGCGGACCUCCAGGUCCGCAAGGACUUCUAGGACCAAGAGGACCUAAAGGGUUAGAAGGUGAUAGGGGUCCACAGGGAUUUCCUGGAGAAAUGGGAAUUCCAGGAGAAUCUGGACCUAGAGGAGAAAGCGGUUAUCCGGGAGUAAAAGGCCCAAAAGGUGAAUCUGCAAUUAGUGGGCCUAAAGGAGAAUCCGGAGAACCUGGAUUGAUAGGAGAAUCUGGUUUUGAUGGAGAACCUGGCUUACCUGGAGCUCCAGGUUUACCUGGAGACCGUGGUUUAGAUAUUUAUGGUCCUCCUGGACCUACAGGAGAUGUUGGGACACCUGGAUUUCCAGGAAGAGACGGAGAACCAGGAUUAAAGGGGGAACGUGGAGAUGACGGAAUCGACGGCCUACGGGGCAUUCCAGGUGAACGGGGAAUUCGUGGAGCUCCUGGUACACCUGGUUGGAAUGGUCUAAAUGGCACAAAAGGAGAACGAGGAGAUUACGGAAAUCCCGGUUUUCCCGGAAACAAAGGCGAAUCCGGCAUGGAAGGAGAACCGGGCCGAAUGGGUCGACCAGGAAUGCCAGGGGAUAUAGGCCCGCCAGGAAUAUCUGGACCUCAGGGAUCAGCAGGACCUAAAGGAAACCAAGGUCUUCCCGGUUUAGCACCAUUCGGAUUCGGCGAAAAGGGCGAUUUUGGUGAAACCGGACUUCACGGUUUAGCUGGGAACAAAGGAAUACGCGGAGAUGAUGGUUUUUACGGUCCUCCAGGUCUGAAAGGACCCACUGGUGAUUCUGGACAACCGGGAUUGCGAGGCGAACCGGGUUAUCCAGGAAUAAAAGGCGAAUUCGGUGAUUCCGGCGAGCCUGGACCUCCAGGACUCCCUGGACGAAACCCAGAAUCUGGCGAACCGGGGCGACCUGGUUUUGAUGGCUUACCUGGUCGUGCAGGACGACCCGGACAAAAAGGUGCUCCAGGAGAAUACGGACUUGACGGCCCCCCUGGAAUCACAGGAAGUCCUGGAUUCAGCAUAGAUGGAGAAAAAGGUGAUUUUGGAGAUUCAGGAUAUCCAGGCCCUCCCGGUGCGCCUGGACCUGAAGGUCUCCCCGGUUUACCUGGAUUACCUGGCAAAACUGGUCCCAAAGGGCCUACGGGUGAUUACGGAUUUUCCGCUAUUACCUUCAAAGGUGAGAGAGGCGAGCCUGGAUAUCGGGGCGCUCCCGGUUUCAACGGAACGAAAGGAGAACGCGGCGAUAGUGGUCUUUCUGGAUUCCCUGGACUUCCAGGUGAAAAGGGCCGUUCAGGAUUCCCAGGAGAUGACGGCCUUCCAGGCUAUGAUGGUACUCCUGGAAUCAAAGGACCUAAAGGAGACCGAGGAGACUGGUCUAUCAAUGCCCUUCCGGGACCUCUAGGAGACGCCGGUUUACCCGGUUUUGAUGGACUUCCUGGACUUCAAGGUUUACCAGGCGAAGCCGGAUUUCCAGGCUUACCUGGACGCAAAGGCAUGCGUGGAGAUGCCGGUCUUAACGGAUUACCAGGGUUUGAAGGGCCGAAAGGCAUGUCAGGGUUACCUGGAUUUGCCGGAUUGCCAGGUUUGCAAGGAGCUAGAGGGGCACCUGGGGUUCGAGGCGAACCAGCGCCGCCGCCACCAGCACCCAAAAGUCGAGGAUUUUUCUUUACGAGACAUUCACAAUCAGAAUUAAUUCCAGUGUGCCCCCGAGAUACGGUUAAAUUGUGGGAUGGCUAUUCGUUAUUACAUAUCAUGGGCAAUGAUAAGGCCAUGGGACAAGACUUGGGGACCCCAGCCAGUUGUUUAAGAAGGUUCAACACUAUGCCUUUCUUGUUUUGUAAUUUGAACGAUGUUUGCGACUAUGCACAGAACAAUGGGUACAGUUAUUGGUUGUCUACGACAGAGCCAAUGCCGGCGAUGAUGACACCCAUUCCAGCACCAGAAGUCAGACGCUAUAUUUCAAGAUGCUCCGUCUGCGAGUCCGUCACACGCGUCAUCGCCGUCCACAGUCAAUCCACGACCAUACCUCAGUGUCCUAACGGCUGGGAGGAACUCUGGGUGGGCUACAGCUUCCUCAUGCACGUGGACGCCGGCGCCGAAGGCUCGGGCCAAUCCCUAGUCUCCCCCGGCUCCUGCCUCGAGGAGUUCCGCCCCAAACCCUUCAUCGAAUGCCACGGUCACGGCCGCUGCAACUACUACACCACCAUCCUCUCCUACUGGCUGGCCACCAUAGAGGACGCCGCCAUGUUCCAAAAACCGCGUUCGGAGACUCUCAAAGCCGGAUAUUUGACCUCAAGGGUCAGCAGAUGCGCCGUAUGUAUCCGCAGACGGUACGCUAGUCGCACCGGACUUGUGCCCCCUAGUCAGAUCACCAGACCCAGACCCUCAUACGUGGCCCCGUAUCGGCCCCCAGGGUAUCCCCAAGGAAGUUACAGGAAUUUGGAGGAGAACAGGAGGAGGCGUUUAAGGCAGAGAUUGAGACACAGGAGACCGCAAAAUACUCCGUGAGCGAUGUGCCAUAACAGUUAUUAACUUUUGUAAUUAUGUGUAAAUUAAUUGUAAAAUAGAUUUGAUGUUAACAUUUGUCCUUGAGAAGGAUUAUACGCCGUGUUCAAACACAAAUCCUAUUAGACUAUUUUUACUUGUAAGGAUUUAGGUUUUUAAUUUUAUUUAAACGGUUACGACAGUGGAUGCUCCUUGUAUAGAAUUUAUUUUUUUAAUCCUUGAUGAAUUCAUGCUUGUUUAUCUCAAAGGUGCUAAUUAGUUUUAAGGCUUACGACAGGAAAAUGUGAUUCAUAUUUUAUGUGCCUUUCUAUUAAACACUGCCAAAUGAUUUUGUAAUGUAACAAUUGAAUAAAUAAUAAAAACGA